UUCAUUGGGGUAAGCAGACAGCUGACAUGGACUUUUAUUAAGUUAUAAGGACAGACAGCACACUGACCGGCUAAAGUAUGAUGUUUAAAUGGGACUUUUGGAUCUGUCAUUUAAAACUCCUUGAUUAGAGCUGACUUCACUGUCACACGUCAAUGUAGGAUUAACCAUGAACCACAAACAGAUGCUGCCAGACCCUCCCCCAUCCCUCACCCUCUUUCACUCAGACCUGUACAUAUGGAGUCUUAUAGCAGGACAACAAAGGUAUCUUGAAGUUUUACUGAUAGCAUGUGUAAUAUAUGCCAGUCAUUUCAGCAUUUCUGCUUGUAAUUGUGUGCUGUGUUAUUCUGCAGGGUGUUUACUAGAUAAAAACAGAGUUGCUAUGGAUCAGGAUAUGGUGAAUAUGUUUGCCAUUGCUGCAGGGACUCUUGCUAUUCCUCUCCUCCUUUUCAUGGCCUCUUUUAUGCUGUGGCCAUCAUCACUCAUCGAAGUCUAUUACUGGUACUGGAGGAGAACUCUGGGUCUGCAGGUACGUUAUGCAGACUGCGGGGGUUAUCGCUUCUGUUACUCAUACAGGGGGAAACCAGGCCUCAGGCCCUCUGUACUCAUGCUGCAUGACUUCUCUGCUCACAAGGACACAUGGCUCCCCAUGGUGAAGUACCUUCCCAAACAUCUGCACUUGCUGUGUGUCGACAUGCCGGGGCAUGAGGGUACAACACGUACCAACACAGACGACUAUUCUAUCCAGGGCCAGGUCAAGAGAAUACGGCAGUUUGUAGAGGCCAUUCGGCUAAACAGAAAGCCAUUCCAUCUGGUGGGCACUUCAAUGGGUGGGACUGUGGCAGGAGUGCAUGCAGCCUGUCAUCCCUCAGAUCUCUGCAGUUUGACCCUCAUCUGCCCAACUGGUCUGAGGAACCAAAACGAGAGCAAGUUUGACAGUCAGAUGCAUGAAGUGGAGCACAGCCGGUACACACUGAAUAUUCCUCUUAUUCCAUCCAUCCCGGAGGAGAUGGAGGAGAUGCUGAAGCUUUGUUCUCACGUGCGCUUCAGAGUGCCUCAACAGAUUCUUCAAGGCCUGGUGGAUGUUCGGAUACCACACAAUGACUUUUAUCAUGAAGUUUUCGUGGAAAUUAUGAGUGAAAAUUCAAAAUAUGCCUUGCAUGAGCACAUACAGCAAAUAACGACCCCUUUACAAGUCAUCUGGGGCAAACAGGACCAGGUGGUGGAUGUGUCUGGGGCAGCAGUGCUCACGGAGGCUCUUCCAGGCUGUCGUGUUGAUCUGCUGGAGAACUGCGGUCAUUCUGUUGUGAUGGAGAGACCACGACAAACAGCCAAACUCAUUUUAGAUUUCAGCAUCUCUCAGCAGAGCACAGAGAGUGCCAGCACCAAGAAGAAAUCCUGAGACAGUUCAGGAUAUCAGCCGCAUAUUACUAAAUACUGACCCUGAAGUAUAUAACAAACUUAUCAUUUUCACUCCAAUCAUUUUGCAGUAUGUUCAAAUGCAAACAGCCUUUUGAUCGAUUAAAGGAAAAGAUCAUUCUUAUAAAAAAAAAGU